CUACAGGAAACACUAAUACAGAACAACCCAUAUUUCACUCCGCCUGUUCACCAGGCUCAUUCAUUUCCCUCCAGUUCGAAGGCUUCGUAUGAACCAGCUGGCCUUCUUUCUGCAAGCCGUACAGGGUCUUUGGCGUUGUCUGCUUGGGCCGAUGGCAGUCAUGUGAACCGUCACGCAUGGUUUUCUGCUAACUUGCUUCCAGAAGUACAGAAUAGUUUCAUUUCUUCGAGAGAGCUUCCGGCCAUAUCCACUCCGGCUUGGCUGUUGCUUCAACCGGAAACAGAAAUGGAUGCGAUUGAACAGUUGCGACGUCGACGACGUCAUCGUGUAUUUUCCGAUAAUGAGGUUCUCUGGCCAUCCUUGAACUCUGAAAAUCAGUCUGGCAAGUUAUUGUGUUUUGAGAAUUUUCUAUAA